UUUGAAUGUUAUUCCUGUGAAUGUGAUGGGUUUGUAGACAGCACGCGCUGGGCGGAAACAGUGGGGAGAAGUUAUGAGUGUGUGUGUGUGUGUGUGUUUUCUGCCAUGAAGGAGUGGCUCAGAACUUGUGUUCCUCUGUGUUUGUGUAGAUGCUUCAUGAUGAUGGUCGUUGCUGCAUUUGGUUCGUAAGCGCAGGACGCAGAGAAAAAGACGCAAACCGCCGGUCUCACUGAGAGGAGGUGAUAAGAAGUAAUAAAAAUGCCGGUACCUCCUCCGCCUCCUCCUCCCCAACCCCCCACCUUCUCUCAGGCAAACACUGACAAGCCUGUCUUGAAUAAAUCGGAGCAGCAGGGCAGGAAUGCUCUGCUGUCAGACAUCUCUAAAGGAGCAAGGCUAAAGAAGGCGGUUACUAAUGAUCGUAGUGCCCCCGUACUUGACAAACCCAAAGGUGGUGGUGGUGGUGGAGGCGGAGGAGGAGGCGGGCCUGGAGGUGGUGGAGGAGGGGGAGGUUUUGGAGGUGGAGGUGGAACUCCAGCUGGUCUGGGUGGGCUCUUUCAGGGCGGCAUGCCAAAGCUGCGCUCCACUCGAGAUGACUCUAGUAGUGUCAGACCUCCAAUUUUGCCACCUGGUGCUCGUAGUUCUGGUCCACGUCCCUUUGGAGGAGGGUCUGGCUCUACCCCUCGUCUACCUUUGCAACGCAGUGAAUCCGCUGAACCCCCUCGCCCCCGAAUGACCCCACCACGUCCUGAUACACCUGGGGGGCCUCCUCCGCCACUUCCAAGUGCCCCACGGCCUUUUCAGAUUGGGGUUCAGAGCAGGGGACCACCCUCACUUCCAGGGACUCCUCGUUUUGGUUCUGCCCUAACCCCUCCACCUCCAAACCCUCCAGGACGACAGCCUGCACCUCCACCGGUGCCAGCUGCAUUUGGUCGUCCUCCGUCCAUUCCUUCGCCCUCAGCUGGUCAUGCGGGACGGCCACCUCCUCCCCCUGCUCCUGGUCGAGGCGAUGACCGUCCUCCACCUAUUCCCCCUGCAAAUCGCUCUUUGCCACUCACUCGGGACAGCCCGCCCCCUCCACCUCCCCCAUCGGCGAGCUGUAAACCAACUCCUCCUCCAGCUCCUUCUCCUGCUUCUCUGCGGCCACCUGUUAGUGCAGCACCUCCUCUGCCGCCGGGACGCCCAAGCCCAUCUACUCCCGAGGAGCAUACGCCACGCCUUCCUGAACGGAACCUGUCACUUGGCACGCAUCCACCCGCCCCUCCACCUGGGAGAUCCGGACCCCUUCCUCCGCCUCCCUCUGAGAGACCGCCCGCGUUGGGCCGGAAUGCAAGUGGACGAACAGGUCCUCUUCCACCUCCACCUCCUUCUGGCCGCCCUGGAGGAGGAAGUGUAAGGUCAUCACCAGCCCCUCCUCCACCGAACAGGCCUGGUGUGGAGCCUCACCGUGGUGGAAGUAGACCACCGCUCCCCCCAGACAGACCCUCCUCUGGACCUCUGCCCCCUCCUCUUCCACCUAUGGGCAAUGGAUACCACAAUCAGGGACAUCAUAUAGAUGAAUGGGAAUCGCGCUUCACGUUCCGACCUGUAUCGGAUCUUCCACCCCCAGAUCCCUACAUUCCCUCUCAAAAGACCUAUCCCAGCAGAAUGGCCAGGAACGAAAGCCGAGGUUCGGGAAAGAAAGAGCGAGGUGCACCUCCCCUGCCCCCCAUACCUCGGUGAAAGAAACUGUCGUCUCAGGGCCUGACAAUCCUUCCCUUACCCAUUUAUCUUAUUUUCUCUGGUACUGUCUGUUUUUGAUAUUUUCUACCAGAGUCUUUCAUUAAAAGAACUAUAAAGAUAACAACAUAUUACAGACAACAUAUCUUGUGUAAUGUUUAGUUUUUGUCAGCUUUAGAGAGUAAUACAUGAGGCUGUUAUGACUAUGUCAAGUGAUGAGCUCUACAGUAAUACUACAGCUAAGUCUGACUUUAUUUUUGAGUGUUUUUGUUGAGAAUGAUGCCCUGUUGCAGCGGUUCAUUGGCCUUCAAGAGCGUGUGAAUGUUUUGGCUUUUUGGCGCUCCUUGACACAUACAGACAAAUGUCUUUGUCUUAUACAGAAUAUAUCGUUGCUUAAUCAGGGCAGACAUUUCCUUAGAUAAUGGAUUUAUAGAGCCACAUAGGGCAUCGGUGUUUGUUAGACAGUUCUUGAUGUAAUUAUUGUUUGAGAAGGAGUGCAACAUUUUCUUUAAAGCAUUUUGGUGCGUUUUGGCGCCCCCUACCAUAGUUAUAUAGCAUAUAAGUCACUUAAAAUAUUAAAGGAGUAUGUGUUUGCUUUAGUACCUGGAUGUGUGCAUGUGUAUGUGGUGAUAAGGGCCAAAAUUAUAUAUAGGACCGAGUUUAUGGGAAAAAGUACAUGUGAUUUAUAAAACACUCUUUAGAUCAUCCCCCAUUUAAACAAGCCUGAGAGAAGACAUUGUAUGAGACUGAUCUUUAAAUGAAAGAUGAUGACUUGCCAUAAAAUCCUAAGCAGGUGGGUUUCUGUGUAUUAUGACAUUGUGUCUGUGUUGAUGUACGCCAAAAAGACAAAAAUGUGUUUAAGAAGUGUUAUAUUUUAUGAUGUAUGUAUGCCCUUGCUUGUUUUGUUGAUGUUCGCUCAGUAUUAUGUUGCCUUACGGAUAUUUCUCAGAUGUGUGCUGUUAUAUUUCCCUAAAGCACUUGACUAUAUUCUAUAAGUGUAUCAUACCUUGAAUUUCAUUUCAUUUCUUUUUUUUUCCAUUUAUAUACUUGGAAAAAAUCAAGAAGCCAAGCAAUGACUUGGUUUAUGCUGCCUUAUGUUUGUUUACAUAAAGAGGUGAAUUACAGAGGACUUUUAAUGACACAUAAAAAAAAGAAAAAUUUGCAAUGAUAUAUGCAAUGUAGCAUAACAUCUGAAGCAUACUGAAUUUAUUAGAGAGGAGAGAGAUGAUUGCACAGCCAGAAAGAAACAACAUUUGCCACCAACUUUAUUAGUAAUACUAAAGGCCUCUUAAUUGUUUUGUUUGCACACGUCACAGUGUUGUGUGGCGAGGUGCUUAAUGCGGUACUUUAGAUGUUUUCUUUGUGCAUGCAAAUGCACAUUUCAGUUUCAUGCAGCAUGUUAUGUUGUUUCUUUUGUGUAUUAUUUACAUUUUUUGCAAACAGUCUUUUGCUACUCUGAUGUGCCAAAUAUGUUGUUUUCUAAAUAAAUAUGCAAGUGAAGCUGGAUUUUGCCUAUCAUUAAAAAAACUAAAAAACACUCUUAUA